AUGACAAUCCUAUUUCAAACGAUCUCGACUGGAAUUGCUGGCUACCUCUGCAUGAUAAUGGGUAUCAUGUUCACCUGGCCAUCCUCCACUGUGAGGCUCUUCUCGUCUACAAACACGACCCUCAACCGACCAAUGACGGAGACAGAGGUUGCCCUUUUAGGCAGCCUGCCUUCAAUCAGCGCCUUGAUAAGCAUACCAUGUGUCAGCUACAUUAUAGAAACUAUUGGAAAAAAGUAUUGUUGUAUGAUGUUUUCAGUGCUUCAAGUAAUCAAUUGGGUCAUUAUAACUGUUAGCUACAAUGUGGAAGCAAUCCUCACGGCUAUUUUUCUGUCUGGACUCUGCAACGGUAUAUUAAUGGUUUUACCGAUCUACGUCAGCGAGAUCUGCCAAGACUCCAUACGAGGGAGGAUGACGUCAGGCGCGAUGGUCUUCUGCAAGAUUGGGAUGCUAGUUUCUUACCUCAUGGGAGGCUAUUUGAAAUACGACGUCAUGAACUACGUCUGUUUAUCCAUGACAGUGCUUGGAGUGGUUCUUAUAUCUUUCUUGAAGGAGUCACCGAUGCAUCUGAUGAGGAAAGGCCAUGAGAAUGAGGCUGCACAAGCAAUCGCAUUCUACAGGGGCACGUCCACCAAUUCCAAGCUGGUUAAAGAAGAAUUGCAAGUGCUUCGACGGGUGCUUAAUCCGGAUUUGGGUGAUACCACCCCUGAAGAAGAGAAACUAAGGUCUGAUUUAAAGGAAAACUCUAAAGUUUCCUGGUGGCAAUUUUUAAAAAAAUCAAGGUCGACCCGAAAAGCUCUCAUCGUGAUACUACUGUUAAACACGACGGUGAUAUUCCAAGGUAUGAUAGUGGCGCAGGUGUACGCGGAGCCUCUCUUCGCCGAGGCUGUGCCCUCAAUGUCGUCAACGAACUGCAGUGUGAUCUUCACGUUAGUGACCAUUACGGCUGGCUUUUUUGGCGCAUUCUUGAUUGAACAGGCGGGGAGACGGCUGUUAAUGAUCUACGCUUCCAUUUGUACUGGUAUAAGCUGCGUGAUCCUGGGUACCCAAAUUCAGCUGCACUGGGGCCCGCACUGGGUGACAGCAAUUUUCAUGUACAUAUUCAGCUUGACUAACACGUGCGGAGCGGGGACCGUUCCCUGCGUAUUGGCUGCAGAGAUAUUCCUACCAGAGAUCAAAAGCAUUGCAUCAAUGCUUGUCAUCGAGUGGUCCUUGGUCUGCAGUUUCACCGUUCUCUUCAUCUUCAACCCGCUUGUCAUAACAAUCGGCUUGGGUCCAGUCUUCUACUUCUUCGCGGUCGCCUGCUUCCUUUCCGCAAUAUUCUGUAUCUUCUUCUUACCCGAAACGAAGGGUCUUACUGUAGACGUUAUUCAGACCAUAUUCGCAAAGAGUAAAGUUUGA